AUGCGUAUCGUCCUCUCCCACUCCUCCGCGGUCGCGCCGCUCGCGCGAACGCGAAACAACCGCACACAAAACGCCGUCCGAUUGACUAAAACCUCAAACUUUAGGCAAAGUCAUGAGUUUGGAAUCACCCGUCGCGUCGCUGUGAAGACGCGGAGCGCCGCGGACGGCGGCGCCGCGUACGACCCGUACGGCGUGCUCGGGGUGAAGCCGGACGCGGACGCGGUGGCGGUGAAGCGAGCGUAUAACUCGAAGCAAAUGCUGUACAAGGGGGAGAAGGGCAAGCUGGACGACGUCGAGCGGGCGUACGAGGCAAUCUUGCAGGGACAGCUGAGCGCGAGAUUGAGCGGAGGGUCCGUGAGCGCGGACGUGCGAUUUGCCGAUCGCGUCGUCCGAUCGAAGUGGCUCCCACGACCGUGCGCGAGCCCGAUGAAGGACGUCGUCGUGAACUUUGGGUUGACGAUGGCGUGCGCGGCGGUGACGCUGGUGACGCCGCCGCAGAUGCGGACGCUGCAGGUGACCAUCUUCGCCGCGCUUUUGAUGGUGUUCAGAUUUUUUGUCAAGCUCGUGGACGUGGAUCCGGGUCCCAACGCCACGCUCGAUCCCGCGGGGGCGACGAAGCACAACAAUAUGCGUUUCGCUCGAUCCUUUGGCGUCGUCUUGGGCACGUUCAUCGUCUCCCUCUUCUGCACGUUUUGGUUGCCGCAGUUCAUCGUCGAGGUCCUCGGGUUGACCGUUCCGGCGUGGAUGCUAUUGCACCAGGAAGUUUUCGUCAGCGCCGCGUGUGGGGUCGUCCUCGCCGGUCUGGUGAGCUUUUACCGCUAA